AUGAUUACUUCAAUUGACACCGUGGACGCGACGUAUUCUGCCAAACCAAGGAUAUUGGUGCCUUAUAAAGACCAAUGGGAAGUUGCCAGUCAUCUCCCAGAAUAUCGAAAACUGGCUGAAAAAGUGGAGUUCUAUAAAUACGAGAUGUCUACGAGGGAGAAUUUUGUUAGUUUCUUGAAAACGCAUAGAAUAAACGGCUUUUGGCUCACUGAGGAAUUUUUUAGUGUAUUGGGAAAUCCUUCUAACUAUGUGGAAUUCUUCCCGUCAUCUUUGAAAGCUAUCCUUGUACCGUGGGUCGGAUGUGACUUUAUUAACGGCAAGCUACUAAGGUCAAAAGGUAUCACGUUAUGCAACAUUGGACCGCACGCUGCCGACCAUGUCACAGAAUUGGCUAUUUUUCUAGCCAUUAGUUGCUUUAGAAUGACUUCAUUUUGGGAAUAUUGCUUCAAGUACAUAGAGAAUGGUAACGUUGAGCAAUGUAAGAAAUAUAUCUCUAGUGACUCGUAUAGAAUUGUUACAGAUAGAUACCAUGGUCAGGAAAUGAAAAUUCCCAAUAGAACGGACCAUUUUAAUCCUAAGAAGGGGAGGGAAGUAGUAGAUUUGACAAAAAAGUAUACUGUUGGUGGGAAAAGCAUGGAAUCACCAAUGAAUAAGACAGCUUUGAUUCUAGGAUUUGGCUCCAUUGGCCAAAAAAUAGGGGCUGAUAUGCAGAAAGUGUUCAGUAUGACCAUUGAAUAUUAUAAAAGAUCAGGUCCCAUCCAGAAAGAUAUAUUGGGCUAUAAUGCCAAAUAUCAUUCUGGUCUGGAUGAUCCAAAUACUUGGAAGAAUGCGGAUUUAAUUAUUUUGGCCUUGCCAGGGACGGCAUCUACAAACGAUAUCAUCAAUCGUGAAAGGUUAUCCUGGUGUAAAGAUGGCGUCAGGAUAGUUAAUGUCGGAAGAGGUACAUGCGUAGACGAGGAUGCGCUCUUAGAUGCUCUUGAAUCUGGAAAAGUGGCAAGCUGUGGUCUUGAUGUAUUUAAAAAUGAGGAAACAGGCGUUAAGCAAGAGUUAUUACGUAGAUGGGAUGUCACAGCUCUACCACAUAUCGGCAGCACAGUGGCCGAUAUGGUCGUAAAGCAAACCAUCAUUACACUCGUGAAUGUGCAGGACAUAUUCGUCGAAGGAGGCGAGGGUAAAUAUGUGCUUAAUUAA